AUUGGAAAAAAGCUUCUUAUUUUAUUAAAUUGUGGAAUAUUAGUGGUUUUAUCAGAGGUUUUUGAACAUUUUGUCACGUGGUAACUGUUGAAGCUCUCCGUAGUCGACGGUACUCACCUCAUUAGUGUAUAGAAUUGACUUUACGCGAAAGCCACCGAGAGCUUCUAAGAAAUUACCAUCAUGGCAGAUAUUGAGGACACCCAUUUUGAGACUGGAGACUCUGGUGCAUCGGUUACGUAUCCCAUGCAAUGCUCUGCUCUUCGCAAAAAUGGAUUUGUCAUGCUCAAGUCACGCCCAUGCAAAAUUGUUGAAAUGUCUACCUCCAAGACAGGUAAACAUGGUCAUGCCAAAGUACAUCUUGUGGGUAUAGAUAUUUUUAAUGCUAAGAAGUAUGAAGAUAUAUGUCCAUCGACCCACAAUAUGGAUGUGCCUUUUGUAAAACGUGAAGAUUACCAGCUUACUGACAUCUCGGACGAUGGUUAUCUUUGUCUUAUGGCUGAUAAUGGAGACCUGCGUGAAGACCUUAAGGUACCUGAUGGAGAGCUUGGUGCACAGCUGCGGGCUGAUUUUGAAGCUGGUAAAGAGCUGCUGUGCACCGUUUUGAAGUCCUGUGGUGAAGAAUGCGUUAUUGCCAUCAAAACUAAUACAGCUCUGGACAAAUAAUUUAUGCAAGCUGUUGGGAAAAAAAAGUAAAUAAAAAAUAUUACAAGAAAGAAGCAAUGGUUGAUGCUAUGUGUACUACCAGGGCAAUUGAUGGGUGAGGUUUAUGUCACUGUUCCAUUUGCUAAACCAGUUCCAAAAUUUAAGAUACUGUACCAUAGCUCUCAGAAAACCGGACCAUCAUGGUAUUUUUGAAACGCUUGUUUAAUUUCUUUAAAAACCCACAUGUGUAUUAUAAUAAACUGAUGAAUGAUUUAAACUAAUCACGUACGAUAGUUAUGCUCUCACUCCCCCAAUGUGGAUGUGUCGACACAUUAGAAGGUUGAGGAGUAAAUAAAAAGACUUGUGGAGCACA